AUGGUCCAGAUUGGCUAUGCGAAUCAGAAGACCGAUGGCCUCUACAACCUCCACCUGGAACUGGUUUCCAGCAUAACAUCGGAAGCCUUCCUCAUGUGUCUACGACGCUUUGUAGCACGAAGGGGUCUCCCUCGCGUAAUUUAUUCUGACAAUGCAAGAACGUUUAAGAAGACGUCGAAAGACUUAGAGAAGCUGUUCCAGGUGUUUUCCCAAGAGGAUGUGUCGGCAUACUUGGGUGAGAAGAGGAUCACCUGGAAGUUCAUCCUUCCCAGCGCUCCAUGGUGGGGCGGAUGGUGGGAGCGUCUAGUCCGGACGAUAAAGCUUCCACUGAGAAAGGUUCUCGGCAAAGCUCGACUUAACUUUGAAGAGCUGACCACUGUGCUCACGGAAGUAGAGGCGGUCGUGAACUCGAGGCCCCUCACAUACAUUGAGUCGGACAGCGGGGAACCUCGUGCAUUAACCCCAGCAGACCUCAUCAUUGGGCGGAGAUUAACGACGCUACCACAGGGCAGCAACGACAUGCCAAUGGACCUGACGCGCAAGGAAGCGGACGGCUUCUUCUAG